AACCACAAUCUAUCACCAAUCCAUCACAAAGAGGGUGACAAAAAAGUGUCCAAUUGAAGAAUCAUCACCAAAGCUAAGCUCUUUCCACCCCUCACCAACUUUUUUUUUUUUUUUUUUUCCUCUCACCCUUGUGGAGCUCCUCUUCAACAUCUUUUGAUGGGUGAUCCACACUUGUUUAGUCUUUUUAUCACUAUAACAACCCCAUCCCCAUGCUUCAUAGUGCUUUGUGGCUUCAAUAGCAAAGAGAAGUGUCCCCAAAGUGGAGAAGUGACUUAUUAUGGAGCUAGGGAAGAAGAGCUACUUUGCACCAUUUUAUCUCAUUCUCCACAUCUCAAUUGUGGUUUCCUUAUUCACUCAAUGUGCAAGGAGUCUGAGACAACCCGAGAAGCACUUCUCAUUGAUCAGAUCACCGAAAAAGCCGACAUCGAUGAGGAAACUCGAAGAAUCAUACUCACCUUCUGACCCAUACUAUUACUUUGGCUCACCUUUUGUACUACCCCCAUAUGGUGGUGAUAUGGGCCCUUCCUCCUCCCCUACAAUCAAUCCCCCAUUUUGCGUUUACCCCCCGGUAUUCUCACCACCCCCGCCCUCCACCGCAACACCAACUCCGAGUAUCCCAGCUCAAUUCUCUCCGCCCCCACCAAUUAGCUAUUCUCCGUACCCGGUGAUCACACCAAACCCACCGGGGGUGAUCCCAACCCCUCCAACGGUCACUCCGAGCCCGCCAGAGUACGUUCCAAACCCGCCGGGUGUAACCCCAACCCCUCCAACAGUCACUCCGAGCCCGCCAGAAUUCGUUCCAAACCCACCGGGGGUGACUCCAACCCCUCCGACAGUCACUCCGAGCCCGCCAGGGUUCAUUCCAAGCCCACCGGAAUUUGUUCCAAGCCCACCCGAGUUCGUACCAAGCCCACCAAGUUACGCUCCGGGCCCACCGGGUUUUAUACCGAGUCCGCCUGAAUUCGUGCCCGGUCCACCUAUGUUUCUACCACCAAUAGUGUACCCGCCACCACUAGGGCCGCCGCCGCCACCGUCGGAGACAAUGCCCGGGUUGUGGUGCGUGGCGAAGCCAACGGUGCCCGACCCGAUCAUUCAGGAGGCAAUGGACUAUGCUUGCGGGUCGGGGGCAGACUGCGACGUAAUACAGCCCAACGGGUCGUGCUACCAGCCCGACACGCUGAUUUCGCAUGCGUCGUUCGCAUUUAACAGCUACUGGCAACGCACAAAGGUGGCCGGCGGCACGUGCGACUUCGGCGGCACGGCAAUACUUGUCACCAGAGAUCCAAGCUAUGAUGGUUGCCAUUUCAAUCUUUUAUGAUGAUUACGAAGAGGAUUAACACGAGCAAAAGUGACUACAGCCGCGAAAAAAACACUUAUCAAGCUAUACAAUUUUUCAAAAAUUUUCACUUG